AACCCUAAAGCCUGUCCUGCACCCUCAGCAAGCACCAGGCCCUUUGGGGCUGUGAAGGCAAAGGGCAUGUGUUUGGGGGGUGGAAGCAUGCCAGUGUUCACAGGCUACCCUUGCUGCUCUGUUUCAGGCUGGAUGAGGCCAGGCCAUGGUGCAGAUGGAGCUGCUGUGGGCAGCCGCCACGCUGAUGCUGCUGGGGGCUGCCAUCAGCAUCUGUGCCAAGUGCCAGCGCUCAGCUACGCAGCGAGAGAAGCAGCUGAAUGACCAGAGGAGCCAGCUCAGAAGCCGGCAGAGUUUUGAGGUGAUCCGAUCCCAUUCCACUAUGACCCGAAGGCUGGAACAAGUUAAGGAACCUGAGAACUUAUCAAUAGUGAGGAAAACCACCAAGGAGCUCGGUGCCACCCAUCACGCUGGAUACGGGAGCAGGGCCGAGUCCAGGUAUCGGGAUUUCUGGACAGAAGACUGCCUGCAAGGUGAUGAUGCCUAUGUGGAGCCCAUAUCUCUGGAUUACUACAACAGUGCCACGCUCUUCACACCACCCAAUGAAAAAGAGGAGGAUUCCCAUUCCUACCAAAACAUCAUCAUUGGAGCGUCUCAGGGCUCUGACCUGGGUAAGUGCUGCUGUUGUGGUUCACGUGUGUCACACACACCUGGGAGUGCAGAGAGGGAGGGUGACCUGCUCAGCUCAGGAAACCCUCCUCAUUCACAGGCUCAGCUCUUCCUGUUGUAGCCAGGGUGCCAGGGCUGCUGCAGGCACAGAGCAGACCUGAAGUGUUUCUGCUUCCUGCAGGAAGAUGCAUGUGAUAAUACUUAGGGGAUGAGAGCUCAUCUCCAACUGAUCCCUUUGACUUGGAUGUUUCUGCAGCAGUCUGGGGGCUGCAUUGCUCCUCGAGGUUUUGAGUGUUGUUACAGCCAAGACUGAUCACAGUUCUAGCCCCCAGCUCACCAUGGGGUUCGUCACCAUGUCCAGCCCAAGAAGCCUGCAGUCAGUGAGCUGCUGGAGGGUGGCAUUGGACCACAAUGUCAGCUUAAGGGCUUCCAGCUUCUGCCCUGGGAUGUUGCAAUCAGAAUAGGAAGUCAAUUUGGUUUCUGUCAGAGAUUUAACACAACGCUCUCUGCAGUGCUAAAGCCUGCCCUGCUCCCACCAGAGGAAUUAGGGGAAGCAGGAGCAGCAGGGACCAGCCUGAUCCCAUCUGUGCGUGCCGAUACCCAGGCACGUGGUCGAGGCUGGAAAAGCAAUGAGGCAGCAUCAGCAGAUGUAGGGCAGGACAGCAGCCGCCUGGCUGGAAACUCAGCCACGUGCAUGGGGCGGUAGGAGGGGGGUGUCACAAAGGCCCAUUUUUAGUCCCUUUGCUGUUCAGCAUCAUCCUGUCCAAACUCUUCUUGGUCACAGAUGAUGCUGCAGACUAUGAGAACAGCUCGGCAAUAUACACAUGGCAACUCCAUCAGGCAGAAGUUCUGCAGACAGAAAGCCUGGAUGAUGAGCCAGACUACGUCAACACAGCUCCUGCAUCAGGCCCUGCCCCGCUGUCAAAGCAGAGGUAAAGGAGAGCCAGUGGUUGAUGUAUUUAUUUGGGGGUGGGAGGAUUUGGUUUAUGCCAAAGAGAGCUUGGUGGGAGCUUUGCCCCUUGCUGGCAGGGAAGAUUAGCCAUGAAACAGUGAUAAAAGUGCUCUAAUGGUAACUUUUAUAAGCAGUUCUGCAUCUAUUCCUCUUCCACAGAGAGAUUGUGAGGAGGGGGGAUUACAUUUCUGUGUUAGCCAUAGUGUGGCCCUGCUUUUUGCCCUAGAAACAAAAUGUAACGGGCAGCAGAGUUAAGAAGUUGAAAGCUGGGAUUAAAAGUCAAUGGACUCACUAUUUUUCCCUCCCCUCUCAUUUCAAGUACUCUGUGUAAAGCCUGAAGAAGUCCUUAGCUGAGAUGUAGAA